UGUCGCCCCGCCUGGGGGUCCGAUGCCUGUCGCCCCGCCUGGGGGCCCGAGGCCUGUCGCCCAUCUGGGGGCCCGGUGCCCGCCGCUCCGCCUGAGAGCCCGAGACCUGUAGUUCCGCCUGGGGGUCCGGCGCCCGCAGCCCCGCCCGGGGGCCCGGUGCCUGUCGCCCCGCCCGGGGGCCCGCCUGAUGUGCCUCUGCCCGGGGUCUGCCCGAUGUGCCUCUGCCCGGAGUCCUGCCCGAUGUGCCUCUGCCCGGAGUCCUGCCCGAUGUGCCUCUGCCCGGAGUCCUGCCCGAUGUGCCUCUGCCCGGAGUCCAGCCCGAUGUGCCUCUGCCCGGAGUCCAGC